ACGGUUACGUACUAUGUAUACGGCAUGUAUGCGAAGAGUUGCGUACAAGAUUUUCACCAUAUAUACAUGGUUAGAUAAAGAUAUAAUUUUUCAGUUUUUCGAAAUAGAUAUUUAUCUGCAAAACUUCUGUUUUUAAAAUGUGCAAUAGUAAUAUUUGAAAAUAGGUUAUUUAAACAAUGGCGGGCCUAGAAAGCUACGAAAGAGUGUAUCGAGGGAAAUCUGUCAAGUCUUGGGAAAAUGAAAACAAUUUAUCGUACAUUUAUCAAGGACGAGAGGUUAUUCGUCCUUUAGAUGUUCCUGCUGUACAUCAUUUGGCCGAAGAUAGUCCUCCUUCCGAGGAAGAUCUUUCUGUAAAAAAAUACAUGGUUGCUGGAUGUGGAUUAGCAACUUUAAUCGCGGAAACCCUACUAGUUCACCCUCUCAUUGUCUUAAGGAGACAAUGUCAAGUAAAUCCAGGAUUGAACAAAUAUCACAUAGUACCUAUUACCUUAAUACCUGUAGUCAUACGUCUUCAUCAAACUCAAGGAAUAAACACUUUAUGGAAAGGAAUUGGUUCGGUUCUGCUCGUCAAGGGGAUGCUGGUAGCCGUAGAAGAUUUUAUUUCUAAAGUUACGCCGUGGCCAAAGGAAAUAACGUGUAAUAGCUCGUUAAAAGCGUUCGGUCAACACAUUCUUCUGAAAUGUGUCUCUAUAGGUUUAAUCACGCCGUUUUACUCCGCAUCGUUAGUGGAGACUGUACAGUCCGAAAUUGCGUCUGAAAGUCCUGGAAUCUUAGAUGUUUUUCGAGAUGGCGCUAUUCGUUUGGUCGACGUGAACAACAAGGGUAGACUAAUUCCUAUAUACGCUCUUCUGCCACCAACUAUCGCUUACAAAGUGUCCAAAUAUCUUUUUACUCUGGCUGUUCGGGGAAUUACUAGUCGUAUUAUGCACAUCAGACAAAAACAUUCUCAAGAGCUAAGGGGUGCGUACAGCAGAGAUUUACUAUCCGAAGCAACUCUGCAAGACAUUGAACUUCGCUCGGCACUGAUUUCUACGUUUAUCGCCGAAGCAUUGUUUUAUCCUUGGCAAACGGUCAUUUAUAGACUUCAUCUUCAGGGUACACGUACUAUUAUCGAUAAUUUGGAUACCGGACGUAGCGUAACACCGUUGUUAACGGGAUAUAGUGGUGCACGCGAUUGUUAUAGUACAAUCAUUUCUACCGAAGGUCCUCUUGGUUUAUAUAAAGGAUUUGGUGCUUUUCUUUUGGAAUUUACCGUAAAUAUUGUAAUAGUACGAGUAAUUAAAUGGAUCGUGACAGAAUUGGAAACGAUACUAAGGCCGAAGCCAAAACCAAUACGUGAUCAAUCGCAACAUUGGUAUUAUAAUGAUAUGUAAAAGGUGGAGAAAAUUUUUCAUGCUACCUUAUUAUCGAUAAGUAAUGUUUAUUUAAGGAUACGUUUCAUGUAUAUCUAGAUCGUACAGUGGUAAAUGUGAUAUUGAGAAUUUGACAGUUUCAAUCACUCCGUUAUCGUAUUAACCUUUCCCUUCGUUUUAAAAUAAAUUUUAUUGAUGAAAUUUUAUUCUGAAAGUAUUAUGUACCUAUUUAGGUGUAUAUACAUAUAUACAUAUACACAUGUAUGUGUAGCUUAAGUUACUAACGUUUAAAAGCACGUUAAUGAAAACAAAAGAAAUUCUAAAUUAUCUAAGCUUCGGUAUAUUACAGUGUAAAAUGCUAAAACCACAAUUGUAUAUAUAAAAAAGCCAGUUUAUUUGUUCUAAAUAUUUUUUAGAAUGACAUACACAUAUUAUUCUAUCCAGAAUGUUUCGAUUGUAGAAAUUAAAAUCGCCGUAAAGAUGCAAGUUACACAGUCGUCGAAAAUAUUUCUAUUCGUCUACUGUUACUUUUUGAUUUAUUAUCAAUCAAUUUAUGUUCGAUAACGCUUCUUACAAUUUUACACCAGUACUUACAUUUUUCUACUAACUUGCAUCGUAUAUUACACAGCCUUUCAAUUACAUCUAUUGAAUAUU